AUGCCAGAACAAAAGUUAGCUACAGACGUCUAUUUCGAUUUGAAUGACGGUCAUAAAAUUCCUGCUUUGGGUUUAGGUACAGUUCCCCCUGAAGACAAAUCUGCCGUUAGGGAUCAAGUUAUUACGGCCGUUAGGUCAGGAUAUCGCCAUAUUGAUGCUGCGUGGUACUACGGUACUGAAAAAUAUGUUGGUGAAGCAUUGAAGGUAUUAUUUGCAGAAGGAUAUAAACGUGAAGAUUUAUUUAUCACUACUAAAGUAUGGCCAUCAUUCCAUCAUAGUCCUGAGAAAUCCUUGGACGAAUCAUUGUCUGAAUUAGGAAUUGAUUAUGUGGAUUUAUUUUUACAACAUUGGCCCGUUUGUCUUUCAGGGGAUGAAAAUGGGUUGCCAGCUGGCCCAAAGAAUGAGGACGGAAGCUUGAAGUAUGAUGAUGAUCCGGUUGAUGGAGUAAAAUUCCUCGAGACUUACAGUAAGCUUGAAGAUCUUAAGGCAACUAAUAAGGUUAGAUCAAUAGGUGUUUCAAAUUACUCUAUUCCUAAAUUGAGAAAAUUAUUGCAAAAUGCUAAGAUUAUUCCUGUUGUCAAUCAAAUUGAAUAUCAUCCUCAAUUACCCCAGCAAGACUUAGUUGACUUCUGUGCUAAGCAUAAGAUUUUGAUUGAAGCAUAUAGUCCUGUUGGUAGUACAGGAGCACCUGUGCUUAAACUUCCGUACAUUAAUGAAUUAGCAGAAAAGUAUGGGGUCAGUGUAAACGAGAUUGCUAAUGCUUAUCAUAUACUCCAAGGCAGAAUCACUUUACCCAGAUCAUCAAACCUUGAAAGAAUUAAGACAAAUGUCAGGUUGCCUCAAUUAACCAAGGAUGAAUUAGAUAAAUUAUAUCAAAUUGGUGUUGAGAACCCUACUAGAUAUAUUACUGAUCCAUGGGGCUACGGACUCGGAUUUAAAUGGUGGAAAGGUGAUAUCUUGAGUAAAGAAUUUGAUUAG